CGCUGCGGCCUGGCACUGCUAGGGCGUAGAGAGGAGCCUGGCGCCGCUGCCCGAGGGGUCCCGGCCGGGUGCGGGUUGGCCAGCAUGAGCCGGCUGGGCCCGUUUCUGGUUGCGCCGCGCCUGCUCCGUCGGCCCUGGGUCCUGCCGAGGCGGCCUAGCCGCGUCUCCAUAGUGACGGGACCCGGCGCGGGCCUAGGCGCCGCCGCCGCCUCCCUGUGCUCGGGCCCAGCGGCUCCGAGCCGGGCCAUGGAGGAGCUGCUGAGCCGCUCCGUGCCCCCGCUGCCCCCCUACGAGACGAGGGAGAAGGCGCCGCCGCCGGCCGAGCUCCGCAGCGCGGAGUUCAUGCGCUCCUACAGGGCCCUGCAGGCCGGGCCCCGGCGGGCGGAGCUGCUGGCCCGCCUGGCCCGGGACUUCGGCGUGGACCACGGACGGGUGGCCGAGUUCAGCGCCAAGGUGCUGCAGGCUCGGGAGCAGCAGAGGGAGCCGGGCGCCUUGCUCCAGGCCGAGGACCGGCUCCGUUACUACCUCACCCCCCGCUACCGGGGCCUCUUCCAGCACUUGGGCCGGCUGGAGGGCGGGCUCCGCUUCCUGAUGGAGCUCAGGGGCGACCUGGUGGAGGCGCUGGCGGCGCGGCAUGCGGAGGGGCCGCACGUCAGGGAGAUGAAUGGCAUGCUAAAGAGCAUGCUUUCAGAAUGGUUUUCUACAGGAUUCCUAAACCUGGAGCGAGUCACCUGGCAGUCACCUUGUGAAGUUCUUCAAAAGAUUAGUGACUCUGAAGCAGUGCAUCCUGUCAGAAACUGGAUUGAUAUGAAGCGUCGAGUUGGGUCAUAUAGAAGGUGCUACUUUUUUGCCCACUGUGCAAUCCCUGGGGAACCAUUGAUAGCCUUGCAUGUAGCACUAACCAAUGAAAUCUCCAGCAGCAUCCAGGCCAUAGUGAAAGAGGUUCCCCCUCUAGAAACAGAAGAUAUGAACAAAAUUACUACAGCCAUUUUCUAUUCAAUCAGUUUGACUCAGCAGGGACUUCAGGGUGUAGAACUGGGGACUCACCUCAUCAAACAAGUUGUUAAAGAACUACAGGGGGAAUUUCCUCAGAUCAAAGUGUUUUCUAGUCUGUCACCUAUCCCAGGAUUCACCAAGUGGCUCAUUGGACUUCUGACCUCACAAACAAAGGAACAGGGGAGAAGUGAACUAUUUACAGAUGCAGAAUGCCAAGAAAUCUCUGAGAUCACAGGUGACCCUGCUGCUGAAAAGCUAAAGAGGCUCUUAACUAACAACGAAUGGGUGAGAUCGGAAAGAUUGGUCAAAGCAUUGCAUUCUCCAUUUAUGAGACUCUGUGCUUGGUACCUGUAUGGCGAGAAACACCGUGGAUAUGCCCUUAAUCCAGUAGCAAACUUUCACCUUCAGAAUGGUGCAGUGCUGUGGCGGAUAAAUUGGAUGGCAGACACAAGCCCCCGUGGGAUCACUGCUUCAUGUGGCAUGAUGGUAAAUUAUCGGUAUUUCUUAGAGGACACAACCAGUAACAGUGCAGGAUACCUUGGGACAAAGCACAUCAAAGCCUCAGAACAGGUUCUUUCCUUGGUGUCUCAAUUUCAGCAAAAUAGCAAACUUUAAAUAUACAAGAAGUUUUUAAGAGCGAACCUUCCUCAUUUGAAUGAAGGGGUAGGAUAUCUUGGGAUGUCCUUAUUGAAAAGGGAAUGUUUGUAAUAAAACAAUGAGCUCUGUUCUUAGUCACAGCAGGAUGCAAAAUUACAUUGUCUGCCAAAAUUACUAUAACUUUCUUUACUUGUACUGCCAGAUACCCAAAGCCUGAUACAGUAUGGUUGAAUUAUUGCCAUACUUUAUGUUCAGAUGAGCUGGAAAUGUGUAUUAAAGGCUAUGUAAACUCAUCUCAUUAAGGUUACAAGCCAGUGGUGACUUGUGUGGACUGUUCUCUGCCCCUGUUGUUGUUCUCAGGAUCAAUAUUGUUGUUUAAGCUACAUCUUCAAAAGCACAGAGGAAUUCCUCUGUACCCAAAUAACUAGAUAAAAGCAAUGGGCGAAGACCAUUUUUUUGUUCAAAUAUAUAUAAGCUGAAGAGCAAUCUGCAGCAUUUCUUCACGAAGGUCUUUGUCUUCUUUAUUCCUGACAUUUUUUGGUAAAACCUCUUGAUUUGGCCAUUCUUUUGCUUUUUCAAAGUACAGUACAAAGUGCCAACACUGAAUCAUUGCUCUGAUCACGCAACAAUAUACCUUGUAUUUCUGUGGCUUUUUCUCAAGGCAGUAGGUAUGUGCAACAGUGUAUUUGCAGAUUGCUAUAGCUCAUAUUUACAGUUUAAUAAGUAAAAUCAGUGGCGCUAAAUAAGAGAAGAAAGUCUGUUGCUUAUAGGACUUAAUUAUGAAGAUUUCGGAUCUAUAUUAAAUCUCCAUAAAUUAUAUUGGAUAUUUUAGAAGUUGGACUUUAAGAAGCUUUUUUUAAUAGUAAAAAGCCAGGUUUGGUCUGUAAAGCAAUAAAUUAAAAUAAAAUAAGUCUUGCCCUAUAAACGUUA